GAAUAAACAGUCCCAAACAUGCUAUCAACGGUAUCAGAGAUUUUGCAUUUGUCGAUGUUAUAUAUUCAACAAUAAAAUCUAAAAAUAUUAAAGAUAAGUUUAUGCAAUAUCAAGAAUUGAGGAAGAGUCACCCAGAACUUACUGCUGACGCCACUAAUUUUGAUUUUAUUUAUAAUUCCCUGCUCGAUGCGAAACUUAAACAGCAACGACUUUUCCUGUGCGUCCUCCUUGCAUACUGCGUAACGCAAAAGAAUAAUUUGCAUCAAAAUACAUUGCCUACACAUUUUCAGUCUGUUAAUUUAAUAGAAAUACUUGAAAAUGUGCAACAAGAUACACUGCCUUCUGAUGUCCUAGGAAUCAUGGCACCAGUUAUAUCUGUUUUAGUUCAACAUUGUAUUAGGUACCGGUCAUUUGAGUGGAUUAAGAUAUUUAAGUCUGCUCACAUAUUAGAUCCACGUUAUUCCUUUGUUGACAUAAUUAUUAAGAAGACAUAUGUUAACGAUGAAUUGAACGAAUUUUUAAAUCUUUGGAAGAAAUAUGCAAAGCAUUAUAUAAAAGGAAUAAAUGAGAAAGCAUAUGUAAAACUCUCAAUAUGGUUGAUCAGCAUGUGCAAUACCAUGCAAACACUUUUUGCAGUGUGGAAAGAUAUCGACCACUCCUCAACGGUCGAUCAAAUUAUACGGAAAUAUUUUCUCGAACGUAUUAAAUUAAAUAUUAGGAAAGACGAUCCCAACGGUUUAUUCAAUAAUUUUAACGGGGUCCCGGCAGAUCUUCAGGAGGAAGCUUCAGAAUUUUUCAAAGCUCGAGUUCUAGAAUUAUUAAGUGUUCGUUUAUGCGAAUGGACUGAAUCUAACUCAAAGUCAAUAGAAAAUCUUCUCUUGGAAAAAAAAAUGAAAUGGAAAAGAGAACAAUUACUGAAAGCAUUGGAGAAUAUCUCACGAUCAAAAGAGCUUAAUUUAUUAGAUAUUUUUGUAAAACCUUUGAGCGUAUGGCUUAAGGUAGCAAUUUUCUCAGAUAUUAAGAAUCCAAAAAUUCCUAUAACUUGCAAGUCAUGGUUUGAAAGUGUUUUAGCGCGUUUGAAUGAUUCUAUCAGUGACGAAGGAAAAUUGGUGUCAAGGAUUUUCGAAUAUUUAUCACAAAUAUAUUCCUUGAUCGUCGAGAGGGGAAAUCUUUAUAAUGAAUUAUCAAAUAUUGCCAGUAUGCGUGUUAAGCAAUGCUCGGAAGUGCAGAUCCUUCAAGCAACAGCAUCUGUUUUCAGUCUAAAUGAAAACGUUGUCAAUCAAUUUGUUGAAAUAGCUCAAGGCCAAUUAAAACAAUCUGUUGUUGUCGAUGAACAGCUUGUAGAAAAGAUCAAAUGUAUCUGUGGCAAACCAAAAUCUAAGGAAUUGAAUGUUCAGAAUAAGCUUUGCGAAAGGUUACUUUGUUACAUAAUGACCGAAUUGCAGAAACGUUUCACACCACCUUCGACAUUUGAACAUCAUCUGGAUCUUCUCAAAUGUCGUAAAUUUUGGCAGCUUAUUUUUAAUGCAAAAGGUCAAAUUUCGACAUUGCAAACACAUCCUCAUGUUCAACAAAUACGUGUUGCGAUUUCUCAGCUGGCGAACUUGGUUGCAGAAAAAACGAUUGCCAUCCAAUUGCUCCAGUCAAUUCUUAAAUACAAUGAUGAUGAGUUGUCCACAUAUUUUGAUCAUUCCAGCACAAUAAAGAAGUUGACUAAUGUGACCGUCUCAAAAUCCGACAUCGUGGUAAUUAGAAAUCAAUUUCAGGCUUAUGAGUCUACCUUGAAUGAACUUCGGGUGUAUUAUGAAGUUUUCUGUCCCAUUUCAAAGGUCUCCGACGUGAAUAGAUAUAUUUCGAAUAUAGAUUCCGAAUCCAAGAGAUUAUUCCAGAUUACACUUAAAGAUAUUUUGUCCCUUGAUCAUUGGGAGUUCCAUAAAGAUACGAUGGGAAUGGCGAAAAGAGCAUUCAAAUUUGCGGGAUCACGAACUUUUGCAAACGUUUUUGAUAAGCACAUCAAUGAUGAUACCGAAGUCUUAACUGUUGAAAGUAUCUCCAAUAAAAUUUUACCCGCAACAUUUGAUGAGUAUGCUCAAUUAUGUAGACAGUAUAAAGGCGAGGAUUGGGAGAAGUUAAAAUGUACCAAGGCUGCUUAUCUCUGGAAAGGGGUUGUGGACGUUGGUGCUGAGCUCGAAUUGAUGGGAGAAUUUGUACACCUCGACAAGAAUCAAAAGAAUUUUGUUAGUACCCUCGAACGUCUUGCAUCCGUACCCGAAUGGAUUAAACGUCUAGAACAAUUGGUCGCCAUUGUGGAAAUAUUCAAGGUUCCACAUAUCCAAGGUCAAAACGAUUGGCUAACAAAAUCGCGCCAGAUUCUCCAAGAUGACAUUUUGAUGUUAGGGAAAUUGCAUUCAUUUUUUGAUGUUCUAAAUCUUCAUGUCUCCUUGAUCGACAGCGAAAACAACUGGCCUUUAAUUAAGGAAUUAUCCGAGGCUGGUGAAUUUUUAGAAUUCCUUCAAACCAUUGCCGAGCACGAUAUAAAAAAUCUUAUUAACGGUGUCGAGGAUUUCAAUGAUGAAAGAUUAAACCAGGAAGACACCGUCGCUUCUUUGAUCCAAGUUCAGCAGAUAUUCCUUCAAUUGAUGAAUAAAGCGGAGAAAUUGACCAUUAAAAAAUUCUUAGCCGAGUUAGCCGCGAUCAAUCAUUCUAAUCCAACUUUGGCUAGUAAAAUUACUCUAUGUAAUAUGGCGUUGCAAAAUAUGUACAAAAAUAUUUCAAAUGUUACAAAAGAAAAAAUCAAGAACGCGGUCGAGAAAGGAACUUAUACAUUUGAACGAACAGGGAAUGAUGAGUUCUCUGUCACCUUGACUUACCCAUCCCGGGUAGAGAAGAUGAAGCCAUACUCUUUAAGCGAUUUACAAGAUUUAAAAGGACGUGUAUUAUUAAUUGCAAAGCCUAGCGUGAGAAUAGAUACCGAUGUAGGUAUCGAAGAGCAUAGAGCGAGGGCAAAAAUAAUGGACGAAUUUGUUCGGCAAGUUGAUAUUGUGCAUGAUAUUUGUAACGUUGGAACUAAAAUAAUACAGGUUGGACACUUUGGAUAUCGGCAAUUCAAGAAGGAAAUCACGGGUGACAAUAAAACGAACGAAUUGGUUGAUUUACUUAAAAAAUUUAAAGACGAAUUAAAAGAAUGGAAUGAUAUUGUUAAUCGCGCGCAAGAAGAUUAUUACUAUCUGACAUUUUUUCCAGCUCGUUAUAUUCUCGCUUUCCUUGAUUAUUUUACCCGAGGGGAAAAUAAUGAAGAGGAUUGCGAAACCCUUAUAAAAUUUGUCAACAAAAAAGCCAGAAUGCCGUCCAAGAAGGAAAUCUCCAAUGUUUCACGUGGAAAGAAAGAUCAUUACUUGGUCCUUUGCGAGAUUGGCGCUAUACUAAAAAAUAUUUUUGACAAUAUUCCGAUCCAACCAAUUCCACUUAGAACUAGAGGAAAAUUAAUUACUUCUGAUUUAGUACUUGAAGGAAAGUUAUUUGUAGCUCAUUGCAAAAACAAUUUAUUCAUUCCUAACGUUAUUAUGUCAAUUUACGCAAAUCAUGGGAACUAUCCGGAACCGUGGCAAAUUUUGAUUUGUAGAUCUUCUACUACAGCCGAUGAACUUUCCAUUUUUCUUAAGCGCUGUUUCCACGCAUCUAGUAAUGGGUAUAGGGACCGUUUGUUUUGCAUCGCAAAUUUGGAAUUACUUAAUCUCGAAUUACAAUAUGAUCUUGUUAAUAAUAUAAGAUCCUUACGCGAGAAAUAUAAUAAUUAUUUGCUCGCAUUAAUAUGUUUCCAGGAAGCUGGGGUUCAUCAUCACGUAUUAGAUGAAUUCUCUCAAAAUGUUGUUAUUACCGAUGGCCUAGGUGUUGAAACGAUGAAAGAGAUUUAUCAUCAACUAAGUCCAUAUGCUGUAUGCGUCACCUCUGACUUAUCUGGACAAGGCAAGAGUGGGUGGAUUAAACAGUCUAGUUACAAGAAGCAAAAAGUUCCGCGCAACUUUCUUAUCAAUGAUGAGGUUAAUUUCAGUAAACUAGUGCAUCAGCUUAAAGAAUCCCAUCUUCGCCAAGUGGAAAGUCUACAUAUUAAUAUUGUAUCGAUUGAUAAUUAUAACGACAUUAAUAUGUUCUUGUUUGAGCUUCUGACGUUAGGGUUUGUCUAUAGCGAAGUGGAUAUUACGUAUCUUCCACCACGAACAACUAUCUUUAUUGAAGUUGCGUCAACAGUAGAAAAUCAAUUAUUUAAAUUACUUCCAAUUGCAAGUUAUUUAUUAAGGCGACAUCUAUCCUGGGACAUUGGGAAUUUAAUUGUAUCCCAUGAAACUCAUAGUCCUAUUCAAGUGGUAUGCCAAUAUUUGAAUGCUCUCGAUCAGAAUCAGAUUGAUAAAAGAGAUAUUUUACUUUGUGGGGAAGGUCAUGUUAUCGAGAGUUUACCGGCAAGAAGAUGUCAAAAAUUGUUGUCCAAAUAUUUUCUUAAUCAAAAUGCAGAUAAUGUUUUGUCGUUCCGCUUUGUAGAAAUUUUCGUUAAUUUUUUAGCCGAUCAAUUAACACGAUUGUUUUCAAGUUCUCAUCUUCGUGUUAAAAGCUUGAAACAGAUGACAGGCGAAGAAAACAUAAGGAGUACGUUAGUCCUUAGAUUAUUAGAGGUUUCCAAGGACUUUGCAACUCGUUCGGUUUAUGUUAAGGAAAUGCAACUGAAGUCUAUUAAAGCGGAUUCAAUAGAUGACAUUAGAAUUGACGUUAAAUCAUGGGAUGAUUCGGAUCAUUUUCUUGUGUAUCUAACGUCUCAAAAUCCGGAUUCAAUUUGUGCUCUGUACCGAGAUAAAAAUGGGGUUGACGAGAAUGUAAGAAAUUUCUUAAGAAGGCAAUUUAUCGACAGCAAAAAGGGGGAAAUCGAAGAUUACGAUUGCAUGUCCCAAGAAGAGUUAUUAAUAAAAUUGACAAGCCUAAUUGUUUAUUUGACGCGAGUUGUUGAAGUCAAGUUUCGAGCACUAAAUCUUCACGCAGGAGUCACGGAAACUAUCAUAACGAAAUUUAUGAUCGAGGCUCAAAAGGAGGCUGAAGAAGAGGAGUUAUGGUUAUUAUUCGACGAGAUUAAUACUUGUAACCAUAUUGGCCUUUUAGCAGACCUUAUUGCUCAUCGGACGUUCGAUGGAAAACCAAUUCACCCGAAUAUUCGAUUAUUUUCUGCCUGUAAUCCGUAUCGUUUACGAACAAAAGCUCAGAGCCAAGCCGGAUUGACAACUAAAAUAAAAAGAUAUGAAGAACAGAGUGCUCUUGUAUAUCAA